CAGGACACCAGUGUUCAAAUUAUUCGCCUAGACAUUUCCCGUACAUUUCCUCAAUUGGGCCUCUUCCAAGCUGAUGGGCCCUACCAUCGUGAUCUGCAUGAUCUUCUGGCCGCCUACGUCUCCUUCCAGCCCUCCAUUGGCUACCUCCAAGGCAUGUCUUUCAUAGCCGCAAUUCUGAUCCUUGUCAUGGGCGAUAUACUUGCCGCCUUUAUUGCCUUCGUCAGCAUCCUCAACCGUGAUAGCUAUCACGCCUUCUACAGCCUUGAUGAAUGCGAGGUAGGCGUGUUUUUGCUUUCACAUGCUCAGUCUGCCAUUCAAAGCACCUUCUCCUGCCUCUCAAUUUUUUCUAAUUGA